AUGAAGAACGGGUGCUAUCUGGUUAGGUUCCGGGAUCAGAGGGAUUAUGAGACGGCGAUAAUGGGAGGACCAUGGCGACUGGGAGAUACCUACCUGACGGUCCAUCGACGGUAUAAGGGUUUCAACCCAUGGAAGGCUGAGAUCAAGUUGACAAUGAUCUGGGUGCAGUUACCGAAGCUCCCAAUUGAGUUCAUUAAUAAGGUGGCAGUAAUGCGCAUUGUUGAAGCUAUUGGAAAGCCGAUUAGAGUGGAUAGAGCCACAGAAUUGGGUGCCAGGGGGAAGUUCGCUCGAGUUUGUGUGGAAGUGGACCUGACUCAACCGCUCAUAUCCCAGUAUAAAAUUGAGGGCAUCACAUACAUUAUUCAGUACGAGGGUAUUGAUAAUAUAUGUACUAAUUGUGGAUCAUAUGGGAGUCCAACGAAUCAAUGUAGGGGAUGUAACCCAAUUCAGGAGAUGGAUUCAGAUGAAUUCGAGAAGCUUGUUCCGGACAAGAACGAUCCGACAAAUGUCCAACUGUACGAAGAAUGGAUGAUGGUCAAGAGAAGGGAAAAACGUUUGGGUCGACAAGACAAGGAAGGAAGAGCACCGAUUAAGUCACGGGAAGGCCUAAAUCGGUUUGCAACCCUAGAUGAGGAAAAAGAGACGGAAGUAGAGGAGGGACCUCCCCAGCAUGUCUAUCAAAACUUGAAUUCUCCCCAUGCACUUGAGUUAAACAGGAGCCAUACAGAGGAAGGGACAGAGAGGCCGGGACAAAGGCCAAAGGAAACAGAAGUUGUGAUUAAUAAUAAUGAGGUUCCGGGAGAUGCUGGGAAGAAGACUAGGAUUGGUGGGGAGCAGCCAAAGAAUGGGAAGCAAGGAGUGGGAAAGGCAAGGGAUCAGGGAGCUCGUGAGGUGUUGGGAGGCCAGAAAGGGGGUGGUAAUUCCAGCCGUGGACAGGAGAUGUUGAGGAAAGAAAAUAGUGGUAGCAAUAAUGCAGCCAAGAAUGGAGUUAAUAAAGGAAAAACUAAAUCGCAGGGAAAAUCGGUAGCUAAAGGUGCGGGAACCUAUCCCCUUUGGUUGUCAAAUGAGGAUACUCAGUUAUAA